GUUAAAAAAAAAAAAACUGAUCAUAACAAAGGGCUUUAGCAACGUUUGUAAAGUCAGAAUUAUUCAGAAAUGUAAACAUAAUAAUAUACAGGUCAUUGAAUCGUAGUUAAAAUGGACCAAGACGUCGCUAAAAAACUUUUCCUUGAAGGGGCAACGUUUGUAUUCCUCGGGGUACCUCAAGAGACCCAAUUUGGUAUUGAUAUGCAAUGUUGGAACACAGACGAAGACUUUCGAGGAAUAAAAAUGAUCCCGCCGGGUCUACAUUAUGUACAUUAUUCAGCUGUGAGUCAAAGCACCGGCGAUGUUUCACCAAGGUCAGGGUUCAUGCAUUACUUUAGAAAAAAAGAAUUUCUUGUCAAAAUUUGGGAUAAAAACUUGGAAGAUAUAAGCAAAGAUGAAAUAAGUGAUGAAAGCAUCCAGCGUCUAAAAGACAACUUGCUUAAUUUGGAUAGACAUUUAGCACCAUACCCUUAUGAGAUUUGGCAGAAAUGGACAUUUCUAACUUCACAAAUAACAGCUGAGCUAGCAGAGAAACUGUCACCAGAAAGUGGUAUUAUUAGAGCAUCUGUUGAGCUGCUCUCAAUGAGUGACAAAGAGCGGCCAAGAGGAGUUAAAUUGCCUAAAUCUCAAGAAUGUGAUACUUCUAAAGAAACCAAAGAGGAUUGCAGUCCAGGCAAAUCUGAUGUCAAAAGAGUUAAAAGAAUAACACAGGAAGAAAAAGAAAAUUCAAUGCUUCCGGAUUUAAAACCUGCUCCUGGGGCUUCAAUGCGGUUUACUGAAAUACCCCGGGACAAGUACCCCACAGGGGCCACUCCAGAAGAAAUUACUAAACAUUAUUUAGAUCAGUCAUAUACCCUAGAGCUGAUAGUUGCAAAACAUGAUGAGCCCCUUCACAUGAUCGGUGAACUGCAGUUUUCAUACUUAUGUUUCCUGGUUGGGCAAUCCCUUGAUGCGUUGGAACACUGGAAGAACUUGGUGAUUUUGUUCUGUUCCUGUGAUGAAGCAAUCCACAAAUAUAGAAGCGUUUACUUUCAUUUUGUUAAAACAAUUGAGGUUCAGAUAGAAGAGAUGCCCGAAGACUUCCUUGCUGAUAUAGUAAUGAACAAGAAUUUAGUGUAUAAAAAAUUACGAGAAUUUUUCCGCACAGCAUUUAUUAGCAAAGUGGAUGGGAGACUUUUAACUAUGAUUGAAAGAUUCAAAGAUAAUUUAACUGAUAAGCUACAAUGGGAUUUCACAGGCUUAGAUACAGAUGAAGAAGAUGAAAGACCUGUAGUAGUAAAAUUAAAGUAACUGAAUAAGUUUUGAAGGCCUGACCACUAAGUCAGUGAAGGAAUACAAUUUUGAGGAAACCUGCACGCCGAGUUAAUUAUGUUCUCAGAAGAAUUUGAUAACAUACUAAACCCUUCUCAUUCUGAGAGGAGACCCAUACCCUGUAGUGGGCUGGUAAAGGGUCAAUAAUGAUGAAAUACUUAAUUAGGGUAUUACACUCUCGGUAGUCUCGGGUAGAUGAGGACUUUCUAAUGGAAAGUGGCAGUAGGUUUUUUUAAGUUUUUUUUUUUUAAAUAAUUCAAUCAAAAGGUGUAUAUAUAAUCUGUGCCACAAAUAAGUUUUCUGGAAAAUGUUGUGGACUAUGAUUCUUACAUGUAUUGUAACAAUUGGGGGCUUAUCAGGAGCAGCAAGCCUCAGGAAGUUGACUGUCUAAAGCUCUUAAUCUAAUAAAUAAUCAUAAAAUGAAA